AUGUCGUGGCCCUGGCACUUCGUGACCGUUUCCGAGGCUGAAAAGCAACACCGUCGCGAGCUUCUGGAUCUUCGCGGAUACGUCGCCCAAUUGGCGAUCCUGCUUGCGAUUAUCCUCAUUCGAUUAUACAAUUAUUCCUCUUCAUUGGCCCAGAAGGGCGAAAAGCGUACUCCACGCUCGCGACAAAAAUCAUGGCUAGAUUUGCCGCCUUUCACGGGCUGGGUUGAAGCCCGUAGACAGUAUAUUAUCUGUCUGCUCUGGCUUGGCGGGUUAAUCGGUCUUGCUGUAUGGAAUACGGGAGACGAUUACUUGCAUCUGACCAAAGCUCUCGGCCACAUCGGUCUCUCUCAAAUCCCGCUCCAAAUAGCCAUGUCACCAGUCUUAUACAUCAGCACCUCAAAACCUCGAUCUUCCUCGCUGGUAUCUAUCCUAACUUCUAUCCCGCAGCCAUCUCUUACGCCCUACCACCGCGUCUUCGGCCGCGUCGUUGUUCCUCCUUUACUCUUGGCCCACGCCACCUUGUAUGAUUCGUUCUUCUUGCAGUCCAGUCACCCAGAUUACAGCUCUUUAUUCGCCAAGCGCAUUCUUGAUCGCGAUGUCCAGUGGGGGAUUGCGGCUGUCUGUAUGGUAAUUGCGGUCAUGGCUUUUAUGCGGCCGAUUGGCGCAACUGGGGGCAUUUGGAAGGGGUCAAUUAAGAACCGUCGACGCGCGUUUUAUAUCGUGCAUGUUUCGAUCGUGGGAGCGCUGUGUACGGCGGCUUAUUUCCAUGUGAAGCAGGCGCGGAGGUUUGUUUUGCAGUCUGUCGCGGUGCUGGCUGUGAAUCUGGGGUGUUGUUUAAUGACUGCACAGUAA